GAUACCAUCAAAUCCAUCAUGGCACUCUGGCCGCUCAACUCGAGCAUGAUGGCACUUCUCGAUGUUCAAACGGUCAAGUCGGCCAUGAGGUCUUACCGUCACUUUUGCACAAGACCUGCGUCGAGAUCGCGCGAGAUUGGCAACCGCUCCUCGAGAGACAAGAUCGGAACGCCUUCUCAUGUUCCCACAGCGAACUUUCACUCAUGGGCACCGCUGGAAGAGACAUCCUCCGUCCUGCUUUCACAAAAGAAUGGGACGUCCAUUUAUGUCGACUUCCGCUAUGCCGUCAAGCUGUUCGCGCAUCGCAUCACACUACCGCAAUGCUCUUAUGCCCUGCGACGACCAACAAAAUCACUUCUCACACAAUCACAGUAUGGCACUUUCGAAGACUCGGCGACAUCGACUUUCACAACAGUCACGAGUUCAAUUUGUAGCCUAGAGCAAACCACAAGGUCUGCCAAGACCGUCUCACUCGUGUUGCAGUGUCAGAGCUCUGCUAUGAUGACUUUGCGUCUAUUUGUUGAGACACAUACCACCGACAGGAAACGAAGGAAUGACGCGAAAGAUUCACUUGAAACCCAUCGCCGCCGCAAAUUGGUCGAAGGACCGGUCUGAAGCCUGGUGGAUGGCCU